AACAAGAAAAGCCAAUAAAUGCUGUGCCUACCUCGUUAACAAGAUUAUUCCGUGGUACAACUGCUAUAUUCUGUGGUGUAUUUGAAAACAUGGCUAUACACAUUCAAAGCGGGAAAAAUAGUUUGGAUUGUUCUAUUAAACAUAGCAAAGUUCACAGUGUCCCGUUUAGAAUUCACGCCGAUUGCGAUGCACCAGUUUCGCGUUAUUUCGAACCAUAUGUAAAAGAAACCCAAGGCAAUGUAUUGAAGGGUUCUUUCCGGGGGUACCCUCUUCGAGGUCAAAAAAUCGCCAUCCCUGACGGUUACAUUGGGUUAAUGUUACACGAAAACAUCAGGCCAACUAUUAAAAAGAGUGAACGGAAGUUUUAUAUAGUCAACAAUUUUAACGAAAUUGUCUACUGGAACUGGGAUAAGAUGCCAAGCAGAAACGACGCAUUUAUUAAAGCUUUGGAUUGGAUUGAAAUCUCGGAAGCCCUGCAUAGUCCUAUCACCGAAGAAUGAUUUCCAACUGUGCCUUUUACUUAAGUAAUUGCUGUUAUUGGGUGCCUAAUAAAACAAAUAUCUUUAUUCA